GUGCAACCGACACCAACACACAAAAGGCUGCCAGGUUAAUGCUCUCAACAGCAGCAUGAUACUCCUCUCAGUAAUAAACAUGACAGUGCAGACGCAGUGAGCCUGCAGGUGAAGAAGUUCCACAGUGGCAAGAUUUUCAGAUGCAUGAUGCCUUCAGGGGAGGCUAAAGCAUGUCAGAGAAAAGCAUGUGCCAUCACUUCUCUUCUUCUCGUGGUGGGACUGCUGAUGUUUGUCGUCAUAUUUGUGACCCUCAGCUGGCAGAAUAUCAUUGGCGAGGAUCCAGUCCAUGACCUUGAUGACUGCAGAUCCAAAGCUACAGUUGUCACGGAUGAAGCGAUCAUGCAGAAAGGGGAAACCAGCGAGAACUUCAGUGAAGCCUGGAGAAAUGCAGAGCAAGAAGCAAGAGCGCCGGCACACGUCUACAUGGAGAAACAUCACUCGACCGCCAUCUACGCGUACACAAAAGUGAUGCCGCAACAUGUCAAACAAAGAAGUGGGAGAGCAGAAGCCACAGGGACAAAACCACAAAGGGAGACAUUUGAGUCCCGUUCCCUUUAUUCGUCUCUGAGUGAAGCUGUUCAGAUCCUGAAACACAGUCAGGCGACGUGUCUCAGUACAGCUUACAGAACAGACACACUCUUACAUCCAAACAUCUCGAACAACACAAUGAUUCGCUUCAGCACCUUCAUAUUAGGUUCUGAUUGGUGGAAUAACACAAGGAGCACUUCCUGUUUUGAAGUUUACACAUGUUUCGGUGCAAACAUAACACAUUACUCUGCUUUGAAACAAAGCAGCCAGGUGCUCAUUCCCCCCUACGAGGCGUUCAAAGUCACUGACACGCAGACGGACACACAGAGGUGUAAAGUCGUCUACAAACUGAAGAGCAACCUGAACUGUGUUUAUGACAAAGAGAGCAACAUGUUGCAUCCAAUAUCUGCAUUAGGGGUGGAGGCAUUGGGGCUGAUCUUUGGCAUCACUUGUCCGGUUCUUUUGUCUCUUCCGCUUUUACUAUUUGUCAUGUGGAAGGUGAUCGAAAACCAUAAGAAGAAAAAAGGUGUUUCCAGUGCUUCACUUGGGCAGAACAGCACUCACUAUUCAAGAAGAAUUGGUAUUUAAAAAAGAGGUCAGACUUUAUUUAUGGUGGUUUUCAUAAAUUAUGAAAACAAGUAGACAACAUAUCAUUGGACCCUGUCAUCAUGCCUCUGAGAGUCUUUGGCUUUCUGUUGUCUGUCUGUGUGAUCGUUGCAGGGGGUGUGUCCUGGAUGGUGCAUUCUCAUUUACAAAGAUCUGCUGGUUUUUUGCCUCUCGCCUCUGACGCUCUUCUUAUAUCUGAAAUGAAUGCAUUCAUUUUUUUAUUCUCAUGCUAUUUUGUCCCGUCAGGCUCAUCGUAGAUAGUCGUCCUCAGUGUCUCCCUGUGUCUUUGAAUGUCUCAUUUCACUUUAACAAACUCUCACACAGCUCAGCUGACAAGUCAAAUUAAUAGCCACCGUAUGACAUCACACAUUGACCUUUGUUACCGUUCCUUUAAGCUGUUUGACCUCAGUUUGGCAUGCCCAACCACUUCCUGUGCUUAACUUCAUUUCCUAACCUUCACUCGACCAGAAGGGCCUUUGUUUCAAAAUAAAAGCAUGGUUGAAUUCAAACAGCGGGUUGAGUACUCUCAU